UUAUUAAUUAGUCUAGAUCUAAACACGUAGUUAAUCUGUGAUUCUGCCUGAACCACCGUUAAACUUUUAUUUUGAAUUGUGUCUUUUCUAAUAUGAAUAUAAGUGUGUGUGUGUGUGUGUGUGUGUGUGUUGUUCUCUUAUGUAUGUAUCUAUCUGUAUGUUCACUGGUCCUUCCUGUCUUCCUGGUCUUGGUUACAUAAGUGUCUAUUUAUGAGCAGCUCUCUGCCUCCAGCGUUACCAGUGAUCCUCUUAGUGUCUGUCCCACAACACACACACAGAGAGGUGGACAGUGAGGGACGAGGACACGCGGGGGUAAAAAGACGUGACUUGUCAUAUUUAUUUUCUGACUCUUUUGUGCGCAGAGCAGGUGUAAUAGAGUUGUCUCCUGAGGGCUGUUGUUUGGAUGACGUUGUUGUUAGUGAUGGAGUCAGGAGAGUUGGACGGUAGAAGGCUGUUGUCUGAGGCAGAUAUGACUCUGCUGGACUGCACCGGAGCCAGAAUCUCUGGCUGCUGGUCCCUGAGGUCCAACUGCAGUGGGAGUGGCGAGGACUCACUGGACCGGCUUUUGCCCCCCUCCGGGGCCCCUCGCCGCAGGAGCACUACCUCACUGAGUAAAUCCGAGCCUCCUCUGCUCCGCACAGGCACACGCACCAUCUACACGGCCGGUCGACCCCCCUGGUAUGACGAGCACGGCGCUCAGCCCAAAGAGGCCUUUGUCAUCGGGCUGUGUGGGGGCAGCGCCUCAGGAAAGACCACCGUAGCAAAUAAGAUUAUUGAGGCUCUGGAUGUGCCGUGGGUGGUGCUGUUGUCCAUGGACUCUUUUUACAAGGUUUUAUCUCCUGAGGAGCAGGUCCUGGCAGCGAGUAACGACUACAACUUUGAUCAUCCUGCAGCCUUUGACUUUGAGCUGCUGGUCGCGACUUUAAAGAAGCUGAAGCAGGGCAGAAGUGUGAAGAUCCCAGUGUAUGACUUCACGACGCACGGGAGACACAAAGACUGGAAGAACCUGUACGGAGCCAGUGUGAUUAUAUUUGAGGGCAUUAUGUCGUUUGCAGACAAACAGCUCCUUCAGCUCCUGGACAUGAAGAUCUUCGUGGACACGGACUCCGACAUCAGGCUGGUCCGCCGGCUGCGCAGAGACAUCACGGAGCGAGGGCGAGACAUCGAGGGCGUCAUCAAGCAGUACAACAAGUUCGUGAAGCCGGCCUUCGAGCGGUACAUCGAGCCAACCAUGAGGCUGGCGGAUAUCGUGGUGCCCAGAGGUGGAGGGAACAUGGUUGCCAUCGACCUCAUAGUUCAGCACGUUCACAGUCAGCUGGAGGAGCGUGAGCUCAGUGUCAGGGCGCUCCUGGCCUCGGGUCAACAGACUCAGACACUUCCACAGACACUGAGUGUGUUGGCGAGCACGCCGCAGGUCAGCGGCCUCCACACCAUCAUCAGGAACAAAGACACCAGCAGAGAUGAGUUCAUCUUCUACUCAAAGAGAUUAAUGCGGCUGCUGAUCGAACACGCGCUCACAUUUCUGCCUUCGCAGACGUGUUUGGUUCAGACGCCACAAGGCCACGAGUACCAGGGCCGCACGUACAGCGGCAGGGGGAUCACCGGCGUGUCUGUGCUGCGGGCAGGAGAGACCAUGGAGCCGGCUCUGAGGGCGGUCUGCAAGGACGUUCGCAUCGGCAAGAUCCUCAUCCAGACCAACCUGGACUCCGGGGAACCAGAGUUGCACUACCUGCGUCUGCCCAAAGACAUCGGUGAAGAUCACGUCAUCCUGAUGGACAGCACGGUGUCCACGGGUGCCGCGGCCAUGAUGGCCGUACGGGUCCUGCUGGAUCACGAGGUACAGGAGGAGAAGAUCAUGUUGGUGUCCCUCCUGAUGGCGGAGCUCGGCGUCCACUCUGUGGCCUACGCCUUUCCGAAAGUGAAAAUCAUCACCACGGCCGUGGACCAGAGUCUGGACGACUUUCUCCACGUGAUCCCUGGUAUUGGGGACUUCGGUGACCGGUACUUCGGCACUAACGGCUUCAGCAGCUGGAGCGUUGAGGAGGACGAGGAAGAACCGUCGUGUUGACGCCGACACCUGAGUGACGUCACCGAACUGAACCGGGUUUGUUUGUUUUUUUGUGUCGUCCUCAAAGACGCAGUCCUUUCACUUCACGGCAUUGAUCGGGUCAAGGUCGGGGCAGCGGUCCAAAACUUUUUUUCUGCAGCGCCCCCUUAUGGUAGAUAGAACUGUUGUCGAUGGCAUUUAAUCAACAGUUUGUGAAAAUCUCCUUAUAUUUAUACAGAAUCAGGAUGUUUUAUUUUAUCUCCUUAUUUAUUUCCAGCCUGUGCAGGUUGGUGGUUGUUAGGUGUUAGGUGACAACAGGAAACGACUGUAGUGUUGAAAACUCGAACUCAUUAACAGUCGCUGUCGGUGUGAACGUGGUGUGAAUCUACAAAGCUGCUGUUUAAUUCAGGUUCACUCUUCAGUUCCACGUCUGAUGGAGAAACGGUGACGUGUUUUCACCGCGGAGCAGUGAACGCACCGCCAUAACGAUGACAGUGAUGUGAUGUGCUGGACCGUCACAUGACCACUGGUCCUCGUCUCUCAGGUUCACACACAGGCCAACUAACCCUACACUCUGACGCACUGUUGAACCUGAAGGGGUCAGUGUUGCUCACAUUUGGCUCUCGGUGUGUCUUUAACAGAAGUCAUUUGACUACAGUGGGAAAAAAUUGAUGUCAGAAAUUAUGUUGGGUUUUUUUGUGAAAAAAGUCAAGUUAAUUUUUUGUAUUAUCCAAAUUAAAAAAAAGUAAAAACUGAAAAUAGAGGGGGGUUUUUCUUUAAAAAUGAAAAUGAAUUUUUGUGAUUUUACCAGAGGAUGAUGAGUUUUUUGGUGUUCUCCUCUCGUCAACGACACGUCGUCUGUGACUGUGUGAAUUUCCUCCUGUCUUUUUGACAACAAUGUUCAUCUGUUAAUUCAUUGGCCGUCAGAACCAUGUGGUUCCUGUCCUGUCAUCUUCUUCAUCCUCCUUAUUCUUAUAUAUUUUUUUAUUCUUCUUAUUUUUAUUCCUCCCUCCCUCACCCGUUCAGCGACAGUGUGAUCGUACAUUUCAUGCCACUCACGCUCUAUUCUCCAAGACGGCAGAAGAUUUGCUCGCCCAUGUGACUACUGCCUCAAGGUUAACCUGUUACCAUGGAGACAGGGCAGCCAAUGAAAAAUCAGCAGACGUUUACGAUGUUGACUGCAAGCUUUUUGUUUUACGGGGUGACCUAUUUUUUUUUUUUACCCUCCUCCCCCUCCUCACCCCUACCCCUGCCCCACCCCCCCUUUUCCCUCCAAAGCCACUCAGACACAGGCCUCAGCACUCGGGCGCACAGACGGUUACACACACACACACACGAUGAAGCAUGGCUACUGUCACACACACACACACACACACACACACAGAUGUGCUGCUACCUGAUGUUCCAGGGAGUUGAACCCACAACAUUUUUAAAAAUCUAAAAUCAUUGUUUGUGUAAAACGCUGGUGAAUUCAGAGUGCAUUCAUUGGACGAUUAUUUAUUUUUUUCCCUCCUAUUUUUCUUUUAUUAUUAAUGAGUUUAUUUUUAGACUAACAGAUGUUCAGGCAGCGCUCGGAUCAGAUCAGUGUUAAAACACCCGUCGACUCUAGUUUCCCUCCGUCUUUAAAAAACCCAGACUCUUAAGAUGAAACAUACUUUUCUCUUUUUCUUUUUUUUUUUAAAGUGCCACUUUAUUACAAAAGUAUAAACUUGACUGACAUUUCAUGAAUAGUAAUUUUGAUAGAAAACAUUACAAUCUUUUGCACGGAGCACUUAACUGACACGCUGUUGGAGUACAAGACCCUGUAGUUUGGAUAGUAAACACACAACAUUAGCUGCCACAUUUAACUUUUAGCUGCGUUUUCCAAAAACACACGGGAGCCGUGAAAACAAGGAACAGAACACGGGGUUCGUUUACAUUUGCAGCCCAGGUGCAGCCGGUGUUACAAGUCAUUCCAAAACACAGUUGAACAUAUUAGAAAAAAGAUAGAUUUAUUGACACUGAUGAUAUAUUUAUUAUUAUUCUUUCUCUUUUGUAUUGUACAUACACGUUGCAUCAACAUACAGUAUAGUCACAUUGUUUUCUGGGGGGGCGCGGCGGGAGGG